GACCACUUAUUUCAUCCACCAGGUAACAGUCAUGUGCGUGCCGCUCUGGCUGUCAUGGUUUCAGGCCCAUCUGAAGUGCUCCUUGAUAAGGUAUCGCGGCUCACUUCAGAUGCAUUGUGCUCAUUGCCCAUGGAAUGUGCCUUGGGAGGCAUACACAUUUCAUGCUGCAUCAUGCUGCAAGAGCAGAUUGCGCCGCUGCCGUCAUCAAGUUAAGCGACGAUGCCUGUGUUGGCCAGGGUCGUCGUCGCCAUAUGGGUUCGUGCAAGGCUUCCUGUGCCGUGGCAUGGGCCUGAGUGACGAUUUGUUUCUUUUCUCUUUCUUUCUUUUUCGAGUUUUUUCAUUUUCGCAGGCUGGUUCUUCUGUAUGUGUAGUGCGCAAGGCAGACCACAUCGACGUCGCUGUUGCGAGAUGGGAGCCCUGGACCGUGAGUUGUAAGCCAGCUGGGCAGCCAGGCGGAGCUGGCAAGGCCCAGAGUUUCACAAGGGGUUCGAAACGGCUUGGCGCGAGGGGCAGCCACGCUCCUGCCUCCGUCACAACACACACCCAGGCACGCCGUCACGGCGCCCACCGCAUGGUGACAUGGCCUUCUGCGAAUGCUUAAGGUUUGGACUGCCUCCUCCCUCACCGACCCGUCGUCGCGGAACUCGAACACUUCAGGUGGCCCAGAGCGAGACCCCCCACGAGGCGGCCGGCUUCUGGACCUGCCGGACUGUAGCCUUGCGCUCAUUGGCGGGUUGCUCUCUUUUCCUCCUCCUCGGCUGCCGUUGUUCCCGGUUGUGUCGUUUCCCUUACCCAGGGCUGCGGGGCGCCUUCAAGUAUGACCCCAUACAGAA